AUGUCCGCGCCGUUGAGCAGGCCUCAAGAGCCACACGAUGUGAGCCUCACCAGCCCCGGGCAUGGCGCCAACCAGGUCUCCAGCGAAGAGGGCAGGACAAGAGCCAUUGUGAGCCACUACAAGGGAUUCGUCGCCGGGGUCUUCUCCGGCAUUGCAAAGCUCUCCGUCGGCCAUCCCUUUGACACCAUCAAGGUCCGGCUGCAGACGUCGCAGCAAUCACAGUUCAAAGGUCCGCUGGACUGUUUGCUGCAGACGCUCCGAAAAGAAGGACUCACGGGGAUAUACAAGGGCGCCACGCCGCCUCUACUCGGAUGGAUGGCCAUGGACUCGGUCAUGCUGGGGAGCUUGACGGUCUACCGGAGGCUACUCCACGAGAACAUCUUCUCGAACCCGGCGUUUCGCCCGGGCAGGACCGCCGAUGACCUGGCGCACGAAAAGUUGCCGGCGCUCGGCCACGGGAUCGCGGGCAUGAUGGCUGGGUCGACCGUCUCGUUCAUCGCCGCGCCCGUGGAACACGUCAAGGCCAGGCUACAGAUCCAGUACGCGGCGAAGAAGAAGGAUCGACUGUACAGUGGUCCCAUCGACUGCACGAGGAAGAUCCUCCGCCACCAUGGCGUGCGUGGCCUGUUCCACGGCCUCUUCUCCACGCUCAUCUUCCGCUCCUUUUUCUUCUUCUGGUGGGGAUCCUACGAUCUGCUGACGACGUGGUUUAAGACGAACACCUCCCUUUCCACGCCGGUCAUCAACUUCUGGGCCGGUGGCCUGUCGGCCCAGGUCUUCUGGGUCACAUCUUAUCCGUCGGAUGUGGUCAAGCAGCGCAUCAUGACGGAUCCGUUGGGUGGAGGCCUUAACGACGGAACACCGCGGUUUAGACGCUGGAAGGAUGCGGCCCAGGCUGUGUAUCGGGAAUCGGGCUGGAGAGGGUACUGGCGGGGGUUUGUGCCUUGUUUUCUGAGGGCCUUUCCGGCGAACGCGAUGGCGCUGGUGGCUUUUGAAGGUGUGAUGAGAGCAUUACCUGAUUGA